AAUAAAGAGAAAUUGUAAUUGGGGGUCUCGUGAUCAAAUGAUUUAAGAUUUAGAUUUCUUUUUUUUUUACAGAUGGUACCAUAACUACUGGGACAAAAUGUUUACAGAAUUUAUUAUAGAGCAUUUUCGAUGAGCCUGCAGCGUUGUGCGACGCAUUGUUCGGUUUAAGUCAGAGAAUUCUCUUUCUACAAAAGAAAUGUUUCUGGAGGUGCAGAAUAGUUUUUCUGGGGAUGGAAGUGUCUGUCACUCAUCAUCCGCAGAAAAACAAAGAGAGUUGACAGUAAGACAAUAAAAUAGCAGAAGGGUAAAGAGGAGGUAGGAAAACAAAAAAUAUCACAGCAAAGCUUUGAGAAAGACAAUUAACGGGGAAGAGAAGAACCAUUAACAAGAUAAGAGGAGGAGAGAAAGCGUCGUCAUCGUGAUGAUGAUCCCUGAUCUCAGCCCCCCUCUCUUCUCCCUCCUCCUUUUAUUUAUUCAUAAAUGCCUCCACUGGUAAACAGCUGAAGCUUUUCUCAUCGGCAGACAGCAAGAUGGGAUUUCCACGGCUCCGUCAACCGACGCUGGAGUCCGUGGUCUGCGAAUUGGUACAUAGCGACAGAUAGAUGCACCUAUAGAUUUCUGUGGUUGUGUUAUGAUUUCAGGCCCACUGGCUCCUCUGGCUACCUCCAGUCCCAAAACUAGAAACACUGUUGCCUUGACAGUGCGAGGAGGAUCCACACCAGAGUCUGCAGUAUCUGUUUCCUUGGUAGCAAAUCCCACCAGCACAUCCCAUAACACCAGUCUGACUCGGGGUCUCACCUUUGACUCCAUCACCAAGACACCAGCUAAAGCAGGAGCUGCCGUCGAGGAAGAACAUUUGAAACUGCCCGAGUCAAAAGUGGCACCUGGGGGAGGACUGGUGGCAUCCCAGGGGCAUGUCCGAAGGGCAGGUGUAACUGACAAUGCAGGGUGGUCGCCAGGAGAUACCAGAAGGAUAUCAGGCACCCCGUCAAGUAAACCGCGUCACCUGGGAGACGCAAAUGCCAUCACCGCUGGCAGCAACAUCCCACUGUCAAGGGCAACAGGAGAAGAGAGCAAGAGAGGAGAGCAGAAAAUGCCUGACAGGGGGAGACAGAAAGAUGAUCUAGAGAGCUCUUCCUUGCCCCUCUAUCCUCUUCCUCCUCCAUCCACUCAUCCAACAAGCUCCAAGAGGGUCAGGGAGACAGCGACUAUGACUGAACCCAGGGAGAGGCUCCAUUUGCGGGCCGGGGGCCAGAGAGAGGUGGGCAUACAGGUAGCGGUGGAGGUAGUGGAACGCUCAGCUUCCACAAGCCCCAGCCUGCACAGGGGAGCGCCCACCUCCUCCCUGAUUUGCUCCCCCAGCUGUCAAUCAGGUAGUUUGACAUCAUCACCAAUGGUCCCGUCAUUGUGCUGCAUCCCUGCCGGGCAGCCGCCCUUCCAGCAUGUCUGUAAAAUCGACAUUGAGUUGCUGAGCCAAUCAGUGCUUCCUUCUGUCGUGAUGGACAAGGCUAGUUCCCUACCCGCCUGUUUGCGUACACACAGCUUCAAGCAGAGCCCCGGCCUGAUGUCAGAGCUAAGACGCGGUCAGACCCGAGACAGAGAUGUUAGCGUUGAGAGCAUCUGGGAGGAUGAGGAAGUGCCAAGAGAACACAGAGAGAAGGAGGAAGAGGACGGAGAUAAAGAGGAAAGAGAACAGACAGUGCAGCCACAGGACGUGGUGUGGGACGAGCAGGGGAUGACGUGGGAGGUGUACGGUGCCUCAGUGGACCUGGAGUCCCUGGGUACCGCGAUCCAGGCCCACCUGGAGUCCAAGAUCCGCGAGCAGCAGAAACACAUCAGCUCUCUGAGGAAGUCCAUCUGCUCCGACAGUAGCCUCAGAAGGAAGAAGAAGGGAGGGGGAAUUCUGGGAUGUUGCAGGAAGGCACCUGCUGUGGCAGACUGAGUCCGAAAAGUUCAAAUUCCAACUGAUUUUUAAACACAAGUGUUCACAAAGGAGAUGUCUACACGGUAUCCACUCAAGACACAUCUAACUUCUUACUGCAAGUACCUCCUCACAUAAGAUUCUUUUCACCUUAUGUCUGACACGCCUCCAUGUACAGUGUUGGCCCAAUUAUUUUCCUUCUUCUCAAGAGAUUGAGGCCCUAAGUUGGAAGUUGUAGCCAUGGUUAGCUUAGCAUGGCAUAGCUUUUCCCGGCCAUACUGAUGCAUUGUUCGCUUCUUUUGUGGUGGUUGAGCAGUGUGAUAGUCAGCUUCUACCUCCGGUUGCAGCAUUUCAGUUGUCAGGUUGAGUUUUAAACAGCAGUGGUUGUUGGAGUGGAGCAAAGACGACAGCGGCUCUCUAUCCUUUCACGGUGUAAAUAUUUCAUCCACUUCCCUCUUUUUUCUUUUCAUUUCUUUUUUACAAAAUGCAGCACAAAGCACUCAAGUGGUCAGGAACCCCAGAAAGCCAUGAGUGAGUGAAUAAGAGUAUUUGAGGGAUGAAUUUUUUUCUUAAAUAUCUGAAAUGGAAAGUACAACGCUUUACUUCCUCUCCUUUCCAUCGUAUCGUUCCAGGUCAUUACACAUCUGUCAGCACGUAGCACACUGUUCAGACACACAAACCAACCAUUCUUUAUGCCUUAUUAAUUAGAUAUAUAUAUGUACAUAAAUCUGUCCUCAUGUCAAUGCUCUCAGUCUCUCACGUCCUCAUGUUUCAGGCCCCAAUGGGAACGAGUGUCCUACUUAGAAAACCAGUACAACACGUUCAACUUUUAGUUUAACCUCCCCCUAUUCAUUUUCAUGUUUCCUCGCUCUCUGUCUGUGAUCUCUCCUUCUUUGACCUCUUCCUCCACCCUCUUUCAUAACUCCUCCUGUAGUGGAGUCAUGUUGUUGACGGAGAACUGGAUUUCUUCCCUAAAUAAUUCAGUAACAUUAAAGUCACGCUCAUGUUAACAACAGAGCCUCUACGCGCCAUGUUUUAUUCAGUCUGCUCUUCAGACACACACACACACACACACAAAUGCACACACACGUUGCUUUUUAAAUGUUUACGAAUUCAGAUUCCAGGCAUAUGAACUAGUUUUAGAAUGAACUAGUUUAAUAUGAAUUAGUUUUAGAAAGAUACAAAACGUCUCCUGUGAAAAAGUCCGACUUGAACGUGCAGUGUUGUCAGCUGCUCUGCAGAGGGAGCUCUAAUAUUACAGUAUACAUUAUUGAACUCUGUGUGUAUCUCUGGUUUAUACUGCUACAGUUUACUUUACAGGAAAAAAUACACAAUCAUAUUUGGUUGAUUAUAUCUCGUCUCAAUAAUGUAAAUCUAUAAAGCGACUCAAACCAGUGAGUCAAAAGUGACUUUGUAUUUAAGUUUAAGUACAAGUUUGAGGUACAUGUACUGUAACUGAAUACAUUUAAGAGAGAACUGCCCUUUGGACAAAUAUGCGAUAGACAAAGUUACUUUUCGGGUCAGGAUUAUAAAAAUUGUAAAUAUGAUUUCCUUUUAAAGAUCAAAUAUCAGGCUAUAAGAGACAACAUUAGCACCAACAUGACAAAUAAUUUGGUACUAAUCAAAUAAUAACAUCAUAUAAUACUAACAGGGGUCCUCCUGCGUUAUUUGGACACUUGAAGUACUUUUUUUCUCAUGAUUUCAUAUUUUAGUAACAUUUUUAAUGCUGCACUUUUGCACUUGUAAUAGGUUCCUUUUAUAGCCUGGCAUUACUUUGAAUCAUUGGACACUGCUGGUGCUGUUGGAUUAACAGUGGAGUUAAAAAAUAUAACAUUCACAUUGGGAAUGUAAAAGUAGUUGAAGAGGGACAAACUUGUGUAAAGUACAAGCAUCUGAAAAUGAGAAUCAGUAACUCAGGAUACUUUCCUUGCGACUACUUAAGUUACUUGUUAGUUGUAUCAGUAAAACUGAUUUUAAUUUUUAAAAGAAGAAGAAGAAAUAAAUGUAAAUUGAGGAGGCAGAGAGAGAGGGGGGGGUCAACAUACCGUCCU